AUGACAAUAGAAGAGACCCGGCAGGCCCGCGACCCAACUGUGAAAGACAUUAACCAUAUGUUAGAGCCACUAUCAUACCACCUCCCCAUCAUAGCGACGGCCCAUCUAGGCCGCCAACAGGGACUCACCAAAGCGAAAGAGGAACGGGGCCACAAAACCGAGGACUACAUUGCUCUCAGACAAGAGGUCGUGAACAUGCUUUACCAAGGACAUCUAAAAGAACUUUUGAGCGAUCAAGAAAGGGAAAAUUUUGCUCGAGGAUGCAAACAACAUCAGGGUCCACCAAAACCACCCUCCCCAACUCGAACUGUCCAAAUGAUCAUCGGAGGAGGCGAUGACGCGUCAAUCAAUAUCGUAAAAUUCACGACCACCCACAAGCUGAAACGGUCAAUCACUCAUGAACGGUAUGACGAACUCGAAACGAGUAACAUCUUCGAUAAGUCGGAUUCCCACGGUUUGGUCUUUCCUCAUUAUGACGCCCUUGUUAUUACUUUACGUAUCUUAGAUACUGACAUAAAACAUAUUAUGGUCGAUGAUGGGAGCGGUGCGUGCAUUGUCCACACUCGAGUUCUCGCACAAAUGAAGCUUGAGGAUAGGAUAGUGCCACGUUGCAUCACACUAAUGGAUUUUAACAAUUCAGUUGAGCGAACAUAUAGAGAAAUCACGCUACCCAUCAUGGCCGGCGGUGUCACCUUAGAGACCAUGUUCCACAUCAUGGACCGGGAUACGUCAUACAAAGACAUCAUAGGUCGUCCCUGGAUACACGCCAUGAAAGCCGUCCCCUCUAGCCUAUAUCAAGUCAACAAAUUCCCCACCCUUUGGGGAGUAUUCAGCAUCCGAGGAGAGCAAUGCACUGCCUGA